GCGCCAUUACCUGUUUUCAGAGUACAGGGGACUCCUUUUAUACAACAUAUUUCCCUAUCUAGUCUUCUCCGCCUGUGGUUAGGGGUACAUAGCUAACAACUAUCCGCAGAGUGAUAGUUUAGAACAGUUCGGGAUGACUGCUUGUGUUGUUGUUGUCUGAGUUCGGUGUUGUUCGCAGUUACAAAGUGUUUCCGCCGCAGUUAGAUCGGCUCCAGCUGCUCGGUAAAGGGACAGCUUGCAAGCUAACAUUAGCCGAUAGCCUGUGGUAGAUUUACGGGCUUAUAUCCGCUGCUGUCCUGCCAGGUAAAUAUGCCAAAGCUGCUCAGCCACAAUGUUUUUCUCGUUUUCGCAGCAUUGACGGUGAUAAUUAGCCUUUUCUGAGAAGCUUUGUUUGGCUUGUGGGCUGGUUCGGCCUGUUUAUUUGUUUUUCUGAACAUUACAGAAAGGAGACAAAAAAAAAGCAGAAGUUGUAGUUGGGGGUAGGCUGUUUGGUUAGCUAGGGUAACAUAGACGGUUUGGUGUAAACAAAGGCUUCAGCUGCUGACUCCGGAUUAUCGUGAAAGCUUCACAAACCAGUAUGGCGCAACACGACCCCUCUCAUGUAGCCAGCUCACAAAAAGCACUGAUGUUGGAAAUGAAGAGCCUUCAGGAGGAGCCUGUUGAGGGAUUCAAGAUAACUCUGGUGGACGAGGCUGAUCUGUACAACUGGGAAGUGGCCAUCUUCGGACCACCAAACACUCACUAUGAAGGGGGAUAUUUUAAGGCUCGGAUCAAGUUUCCCACAGACUAUCCGUACUCCCCACCUGCUUUCCGCUUCCUCACCAAAAUGUGGCAUCCCAACAUUUAUGAGAAUGGGGAUGUGUGCAUUUCUAUACUGCACCCACCAGUGGACGACCCACAGAGCGGAGAGCUGCCUUCGGAAAGAUGGAAUCCUACCCAGAAUGUCCGAACCAUUUUACUGAGUGUGAUCUCUCUGCUGAAUGAGCCCAACACCUUUUCCCCUGCCAACGUGGACGCCUCUGUUAUGUAUCGCAAAUGGAGGGACAGCAAAGGCAAGGACCGAGAGUAUGUAGAGAUCAUCAGGAAACAAGUGAUGGCCACCAAAGCGGAAGCUGAGCGCGACGGAGUCAAGGUGCCCACCACUCUGGCCGAGUACUGCGUCCGCACACGCGCCCCUGCCCCCGACGAGGGCUCCGACCUCUUCUACGACUAUUACUAUGACGACGACGACGUGGAGGGAGAGGACGGCGACUGCUGCUACGACGAGGACGACUCUGGCAACGAGGAGUCAUGACAUGCUUUGUGGUAGAAGCGCCUAAUCUGUCCGACAAAUUCUCCUCCUUUCUCUCUGCCCGGAUUGCCAGAUACUCCAGGUUUACAACCAAGAUUGGAAGCUUCCUUCUUCUAAGUAAAUAAGAGCCUUUUUUUCCUCGAGCCUUAGAGGUUAAAAGUUGAUGCCUCGGCCUGAGAGGGUCAGACUCAGUCAAAUUUGCACCAGCAAAAAAAAAAAAAAAAAAAGUCACCAGUUCCUAUAUGUUUCUGGUCCUCAUCAUCACCUACACCUUAUUGUGAGAGAAUUACCUAAAUUCUCAGAUAUUCCAGCGUCGUUAGAUCAUGUGUUUAGAAUAAAGUGUUGUUAUUGGGUAAGUACCAACCAAUGCUAACAAUUACAUUUUCACUGGUGUCAAACAGUACUUAGCCUCUUUCCCACCUUCUCAUAUUAGUAUUUCUCUAAUUGUAAGUGGCUGCUGCUCUCUGAUGGAAAUUGACGACUUCACGCAGCCUGAUUGUGCUGGACAAAGCUCUGCAAAUGUCAAACGUUUUUCAGCGUCUCUCUCUUUGAUAGGACAAAUCACGAAUGAAUUGUUACGUGACAGUGUUUUUCAAAAUUCUUGUGCAUGCCAGAGCAUCUUCGAAAGCUUUUCACGUCUCUCUUAUUUACUGGUGGACAGUUUCGCUCCUUCACGAUCUGUGACAACACAAAGACCUUGACGUGAUGAUGACGAGGCGCCCAGCUGAGUCCGCAGCUCAGUUCCUCACAUGAACAUUUUUACUAACAUGAAACUGAUGUUUGUUGGCUUUCUUUUGGUUACUGUUGGACGCAUUUCUCCGAGGCUGUGUUGUUUGGAGUCGCUCGGACUUCCGAGACGUGUAAAAUGACCGUGUUUUGGAAGGGGAAAGGCGACAGAAGUAACUGCUGAUCAGAAUUGUAUUUCUCCUUAGGCUCGGUCUCUGCGACGCCGGAUGGACCCAAAGACCUAAAGUAUAGUGUAGAAGAAAUCCAUCAGCGUUUUGACUAGUGUUUGACGUGUUCUCUGUCUUUGUUUUCUUUUUGCUCUCCUGCAAGCUUCAUCAUUAUAGAUGACUUUUUUUUGUUAGACAUUUUGCCUGCACUGUUUACUCAAAUGGUUGGCCAAGAGACCUGUAGAUGGUGCGUGUAAGAAGGUGGACUGCUGGGAUUACUGAAGUUUUCACCCCUGCAAGUGGAAGUAAAAAGAAUCAGACCACCCUGUUUUAUUUUUCAUGACUAUUCAUGUUAGUUAAAAGUGAACAGAUUUUGAUAAUAUUUUUAGAGUGUAUGGGUGUCCUGCGUGCAUUUUAUUUUCCUGCCAGCAAUAUUAAUUUUAUCUUUUCAAUUGGGACAUCAUAAUGAAUUUCUCAGGAGAAAUUACAUGCGACAAAACAAUUAAGACAAGCAACUAAUUUCCUCUUGCGGUGGUCUUCAGUGUUGAUUUACAGCUUCUACAGGAACCAUAAUCAAUAUGCACACGUAGCUGUACAAAUGAUCACCAUGUUGUUUUAUUUACCCGUGUCUGUUUUUUAUUUCAGCUAUUUAAAACCGAGAAAUAAAGAUUUAUUUGAAAGAACAA